GUGUUUCUUCCCACAUAACAAUCAUUACACAACAUGCCCUCCUCUCACGGGGCUUACAGGUUUUGAGGGGGUGUGAAAGGUAGGGUGUCUGUGUGUGUGGGGGGGUGGGGGGGCAUCACAGUCACAUAUCACAAUCUGCUGUUGUUACACAAGACCCUUCAAUCUUCCAUAUGUAAACAUUUAUAAUUGAAGCCAUAGACUCUCAUCAACUAAUAAACAUAUGGCCGAAGACCCCCGCAAUUCCACCCCACUCUUACUGCCAGACUCUCCUCUUAUUGUCACUCCGUUUCCGACUGAGUGAACCCCACCGCCCCCCUUUCACCCGUUUGGGGAUAAGUCUAGACAGCUCUGAUUGGUUGCCCCUUUGUGAGACUGCUACAUAUAUAUACAUGCAUCCUCAUGAGGGCCACUCAUGUUGGUGCAUGUGUGAGAUGACUGUGACAGGAUGACUUCAUAGACGAUGUCCAUGAAGGAAGCAGGAGAUGGCCUCCAUGCUCAGAUGAAUUCCAUGAUGGGUGCGCUCCAAGAACUCAAAUUACUUCAGGUCCAGACCGCUCUAGACAACCUCAACCUGUCAGCUCGAGGACGGAGACAUCUGCAGGAUAUGACAAUUUCCAACACAACAUUCAGGAGUGCUUCAGAAGCGGAUCCCAGGUUGCACUUGUCCAACGGCCCUAGCCCAAGUCCGGAGCUGUCUAUGGAGUUGUCACAAAGCAGAUACAGCGAAGGGACAAUGUCCAUGUCCAGUCUGGAAAUGGAGAGAAGCGAGGAAGGAGACCUCGAGGUUGUACCACGCAGGUGGUCGGGCUACGCAGCACCGCAGGUGGAUUUCUGUGGACCCACGGUGGGGAACCCUCCACCCGAGCCCUACAUGCAGCCUCCCAAAUGCAACCAGCCAGUGGAUCUGCCAGGCAUCCUUUACAGCCUGUCCAGAGAAGGUCCGUCCAUGGACAAUGACUACUCCCAGGACAGCACAGACGACGCCGACGACUGGACUUCGUCGCUCAUGAACCAAAGCCGCAAUCGACAACCCUUAGUGCUUGGUGACAAUGUCUUCGCCGACCUCGUUGGCAAUUGGCUGGACUUGCCAGAGAUAGAACCGGAAGGAGUAGGGGAGGAAGAAGAGAAGACCGAAACAACGGUGGCAGAAGGGGGUGGCGACAGACCGGACACCCCAGCUCACCCGCUGCGCCUGAGCCGAUCACAGGAGAUCUGCAGGAAGUUCUCACUCACGACAAACAUCUUCAAGAAGUUCCUCCGAGGCGUCCGUCCCGACCGGGACAAGCUGCUGAAGGAGAGGCCCGGCUGGAUGGCACCAGAGAUCUCAGAGGGCGACCUGGUCAAGAGGCCUAAAAAAUCGGUUCCAAAAAGUUCAAAAGGCAGCUUCUACCUGCCUUUCUGGGCCAGCGGACAGCAGAGUAAAGGGCAGUCGGAAACGCAUCCAAGUAGCCAAAACUACUUCCGACAGUUCCAUGAGAAGCCCUUUGCGGGAAUUUACUUAGACCGGAGACCACCAGAAGGUAGACUGCGGAAAAUGCAUCCCUUGUUUGACUACAACACAGCUGUGUGGGUCUGACGACUGGAGAAGAGAAGGGCUCCACAUUGGAUCGACAGCAGGUGCAGACUGAAUGAACGACUGUUAUCCAAAACAGGAACGUCACACCCACUAGUCUGGUGAACAGCUUUUGUCUGACAAUCUGAAAACACUUCAUGUCUUUUGUACAUUUUUCAUGUUUUCAUUUACUUCUGGAUGUCUGACUGGAUCCGACUAUCCCAGAAGAUGGUACUUUCAAGAGUUUUGCCAGACACUACACUCUUGGGUUGCAUGGGUUUGUGUUUGCAGUGACAUCUCUAUAUGCUCAUUCAAACAUUCUUUCUGUUUCCAAAAUAGUUGGGAAACUCAAGAUUUUUUUUUUUUUUACAAUUUAAAAUAGUUUCAAGGUGUUUUACGAACAUGUCAACCUGUUUUUUGUCUCAUGCAAGUCAGCCCCAGUAUAUCCCACCCCAUACACCACUGGGUCAAUGGCAUAUCUUGUUUAAUUAUGUUACUAGAGUAUUAGCGGGGGAAAAAAAGCAAGUAAGCUGCUAUAAUGAGAACAAAAGCUUUUUCACCUUUGGAAGCAGCACUUCAUACACUACACUGUGUCCAUGUCACUUUUGGACAUGCCACCAAACACUAAAACCGCUCCAUCAACACUGCGAGCGCAAAACCCCAGCGAGCAAUCAAGGACCUUGUGGCACCUAUCAGAAGUUAACCUUAUUCUUUGCAUCCAACAUGACCCCAUGCUGCCUACCAUUUGUCUUCGAUGUGAUAGAUAACACACCGGUUGAGGAUGUGGGUAUUCCUACAUGAUAGUGCCACUGCAUGAUCGUGUUUCAGACGACCUUCGUUUGAAAGUGACUGCGGACCUUUGCGCAUGUCAUGGGCGGAGAAAAUCUCACACAUAUUUUCACAAAAGUGAUGAUAACCAAAUAGUUACUUGGUUCAAUGUCAUCAGUGAUUGGUGGACAGGCUCUUAAGAGCCCAAAUAUAUAUCAUCAAGCUAUUAAAAAGUCCAAGUUAACCAACAUGUCCGUCCCCCGUAAAGCAACCGUCUUUCAUUCAAAGGAUGAAAACUACAGACUACCGUCUUUGAAACCAACAACCAACGGUGAUUGGUUCACCAUGCAAAUCAGAAAGAGCCGAAACUGUUCAGAAAUAGACACUGCUGAAGUGAUGAAGGCCAGAUGUGUCACGACCACGAAAAGUUAAAAGAACAAAGUACAUUUUCUGUGGCGCUAAUUAGGGUCGCAGGUAUAUGGAACCGAUCCCAACUGACUUUGGGCUAAGAGCUAAUUAUGGGUUACCCACCAAUCGCAGGGCACAUCGAGUAUAGACAAACAACAAUUCACACGCAUGUUCGCAUUUUUGGAUUUUUUUUUGUUUUUUUGUUUUUUAUGGAGUCGCCUUGGUGGACUUGUCAUCCAUGUCUGAUAAAACUGCCGCAAUAGCUUAAAUAAAUAGUUCACGUGUGCCCCAACGUACCAACUUUUGAGUUGCAAUCUGUUGCAUCGUUGAUUUUUGUUUUUGUGUUGGUACGGGGAAAUAAUCGAAAACAAAUCAGAAAUGUGAACUCGAGAGUAGCUCAUGAAAGAAACACAACCCACAGCCAGACGUUUCUCGUUGAACUAACCUGCUUUAACUCCUGACAUUACGCACUAGGUCACUCACUGCCUGUAAAGCCAACUCACAAAUACUACAGUAUGUGCAGUAAUUACAUUUGAUGUAACCACUUCUGUAAAUUCUGUUUCACUAUGCUUUGUUAAAAAAAAAAUAUUCAUGUCAUUCCAUUUGAUUAAAAUGGGGAAAAUCGAUCUGUCACAUGGAACAUGUCAACCUAAAAACGGUUCAGAAUGCUGGCUUUUUGACAUUAGGCUGGGAACACAACCUGGAUGGCGAGUGGUUCCUCCAUUUUUGGACCGUCCCAUCCUUGCAUCAUCUCGGCCCCAGCAGGACAUGAAGGCAAUCGAGUGCAUGACUAGUUCACUUCAGUUACAGUUCUAGCGCUGUUUUCUUUUUGCCAGCUGUCAUGUCACAUAUUCUUAAUGACUCUGCUGUGUGCGCACACUGAGUCAACUGUCAGCCCACAUGGGCUGCUGGCAGAAAAGUGGGCGUGAGCAUGGCAUAACAUAUCGCUGACUGCCAUCUGCUCUUAGAAAAUUAGAUAAAGAAUAAGACUGGGCCUAUACUGUACUGCUCUUCUACAUAUUACACUUGGACCACUGACAAUCUUAUAAAUGUAAUUUACUACUGAGUAGUUUUGUCAAAUUGACAGAUCAAGAGGAACCAUCAGGGAUUAAGCCUCAUUCUCUUGGCCAGUUGAUCCAUAUGGUGCAGUCUCAGGAUCCAGGUCACACACACACACACACACACACACACACACACACACACACACACACACACACACACACACACACACACACACAAACACACACACACACACACACACACACACGUUACAAAAUGGCCUCACUCACUCUAAGUGGAUGUCACGUAAUUGAUUUGUUUGCUCACAAGUGGGGAACUCUCACCAUCAGUUUUGAUGUUUUGUCUUUUUUAUUAAGUGAUAAAUGUAUGUCAUUGUGUUUUGUAGACUUGUCACUGACUCUUUGUAUACAAUAAAUUCAGUUUAAGAAACAGCA